GCAAAAAUUAUUAAAUUCUAAUCUUGAAAAUAAAAAUCAAAAACAAAAAAGAAAAAUUAAGAAUGAAAAAAUCCUAAAAAUAAAAUUUUAAGAUGAUGAAGAUGAAAAGAAGUUGAUGUUGGAUUUUUGUUUGGUGUUGUUGCAGGAAACGUCCGAUUCGCCUCACGGCUUAGGCGGUAUUGCCAAUGCGGGCGGUGGUAGUGGGUCUGGUGGUGGUGGUGGCGGCGGCCUUGCUGGCUCCUCCUCCGCCACAACUGGUAACACUGCCUCUAGCUAUGUCCAUGAACAACCACAAACGCCACCACCUUACACCUGCGUUUAUUGUGGCGCGAGUUUUCCCAACCAAAAUAAACUAACGCGCCAUAUACUAUCGCACUCUCUUAAAACUCUGGAAUAUCGUGAAACCGCCACGCAUGCUCUUCUACACCCGCACCUCUUGGCCCAUGAUCUUAACAUGUCACCGCUGGCGUAUCAAAUGAAUGCAGCGAUGGCAAGUGCCAGCGGUGAUGCCCAAGAUCAGGCGGCAGCUGUGGCUGCAGCCGUUGCCAUGGAUAUGGAUUUCGCGGCAGCCAUAGCGGCGGCUGGCGGUUGUCCCUUUCCCUCGCUGGCUAGCUGUACGGCACGUGGUCUAGAUCUCGAUGGUAGUGGUGGUCUUGGUGGCAGUGGAGGCGGCGGCGUUGGUGGUGGCUCUAGUUCAUCUAGCCGAACAGGACGUGAUGGCGUUGGUGGUGGAAAUUCAUCAGCCUCGGGUAAUGGCGGUUGUCCCAGCAGCAGUUUGUCUUUAUUAAGUGGCGCUGGUUCGUCAACAUCGGCCGCUGCGGCGGCGGCAGCUGCUGCAGCAGCAGCCAGUUCGUCAGCAUCGUCCAAUGAUCCGAAUAGUGUUGUUUUGUGUAAGUUCUGUGGUAAAAGUUUUCCCGAUGUAACCUCACUGAUCACACAUUUGCCGAUACAUACAGGUGAUCGACCGUUCAAGUGUGAGUUUUGUGGUAAAGCGUUUAAAUUGCGUCAUCACAUGAAAGAUCAUUGUCGUGUACAUACAGGUGAACGUCCAUUUCGAUGUCAAAUGUGUGGUAAAACAUUUUCACGAUCGACAAUAUUGAAAGCCCACGAAAAAACACAUUUUCCCAAAUAUGCAAGAAAGUUUUUAUCACCCAGUCCGGUCGAUACAAAGGAUGAAUUGCCGCAAUAGUGAAACGAUUUUAGUUUAUUAUUAAAUUAUUAUUAUUACUAUUAUUAUUACUAUAACAAUAAUAACAACAACAACAAUAAUAAUAAUAAUAAUUUUAACAACUACAACCUUAAUAAUAAUAGUAAUAGUAACAACAGCAACAAUAACAACAACAACAACAAUAGCAGCAGCAGUAACAACAACAGCAACCACUACAACAAUAUAAACGAUAAUAAUCUACAGCAACAUUAUUAUUGAAAAAUAACAAUUUAUAAAACAAAAAACGAUCCAAAAAAAGAAAAACAAUAGAAAUAAUUUUGAACAAGAAUUAGGAAACUACUAUUAAAUAUAUAUAUAUCUACAAAAACCAUACAUAUUUAUAGAGAUAUAUACCUUUAAAAAAAGUAUAUUAAAAGAAAGGAAAUAUGUGAAAGAAUAAUAUAUAUAAAAAUGUAUAUACAACCAAACACUUAACACACAUACACACAAUGCUAUUUUAAAGAAAAUGGUAAAAAAAUAUUUUAGAUUAUAGCUUCUUAAAGAAGUUAUAACAAAGCAACCCAAAUAUUUAUUGAAGAAAAUAAUUCGUAAAAAAAAGUAACUAUUAUUUCAUAAUAGAUUUGAGAUGAAAAAUAUAAAACCCCGAUACUGUCUGUUUGUAUAAAAUACAUACAAAUAAAACAUUUUAUACAUAAUUACAUUACAUACAAUAUAUAUUUAAAAUAUACAUAUACAUAUGAUAUGAGACAAAAAACAUACAUACAUAAAACUGGAAACUAAAAAUCAAUUACACUCAUAUUUUUUAUCACCAAAAUGCUGAAAAUAUUUAAAAAAAUAUAUAAAAAUUAACUGAUUUCGUUUAAAGAAAAUGGCCAACAAUAAUGCCCCUUAUAACAAACAAAAAAAUCUAUAGACCAGAUUUUUAAAAUCUUAAAACAAGAUAAAAUUUCAAAACUUACGAUACUUUUUUCGCGGGCAAUAUUGUGGCUUAAAUGUUAAACAACUCUAUAUCACAUUUUUUUAUAUAUAUAAAAACCCUCGAUUUUUACCAAUUUAAGUAAAAAAUCCUUUAAAAAAAAUAACACUUAUAACCUAAAAAAAGUGUUUUUUACCAAAAUGUAAUUGAAAAAAACUGCAAAAUAUAAGAAACAAGAAUUUAAUUAUAACAAACUGAUAACAAAUGAAAAAAAACUAGGUCUUUAUACGAAUUAUUAAUUAAACAAAUAAAUAAAAAGACUUACGGGAAAUUUAUACGUUUAAACUCAGCUUAAAACUGAAGUAAUAAGGAAAAAAAUAUUAAAUUAUUUUUUUUUUUUUGUAAUUUUUUUUUAUAAUUUUAUAAAUUAUCAACGCGCAUUGCUUUCAAAUAGUAAACGAUCUCAUGUGAUCCAAUAUUUAUUUUUUUGUGUAAAAGUUUGUUUGUUUAAUAUUAUUUUAUAAAAGUAUAUAAAAAAAAUAGAAUCCUUACAAAUCCAAUUGGUUGUUAACUACCCCUAUAAAGGGCUCCCACAAAUACCUAUUUUCAUUUAAAAUACUGACUUUCUUAAUGUUAAUCUAUUUUAACUUUUAGUAUUUUUUUUUUUUUUUAAUUUCCUAAGACAAUAGUUAAAUUUUUUACCAUAGACAAGUGUUUUUGUUUUUUGUUUAUAAAAAAAAAAAAAACAUUUAACAAAAAUAAUUACAACAUUCAUAGAAUUGGUGCUAUCCUACAGAUUUUAUAUAGACAAAAUAACAAACUACAAACUACAUACUUACAUAACAAUAUAUUUAUUAUUAUACUCAAAUAUUAAAAAAAAAAUAACAAAAAUACAAUCAAUAGACAGUUUUAUUCUAUGUAUUUACAAUAUUCAAUUGAUUUGUUGGUAAAUAAACUUGAAUCAAGUGAAUGACAGCAACAACAAACAAUAACAAAAUAAAACUAUUUUUAACCUUAUGACCUGCAAAAUACCACACACACCUACUUACACACUGUAUACACAAAAAAGGAAAUAAAAUAAUUAUCACAAAAAUAAUUGCAUAAUUUUCAGACAAACUAUAAUUUCUAUUUUGAUCAUUUUUUUUCGGAUUAACAACUAUUUGGAGUCAAUUUGAUAAUAGAUAGGAAGAGAUGAUAUUCUUGGACUUGUUAAUAUUAUUUCAGAAAAGAAAAUUUUGUUAUAUUUAAUCAGAAAAGCAACAAGUACCUAAACAUAUUAGAGCAAUUCACAGUUGCUAUUUAGUCCCCUGAUCGGCAAAGACCUCUCUAGCACUAUUAAUUUCACAGGCAUGUAUAAAAAAACGAUAAAAACUAAUAAGAGAACUUCUUUAUCCUCCCUACCGAUAUAUGAUUUAGUCUUUUAAUUUCCAGUGGAUCAUAGGGCGGCAACAAACGUUUUCCAGUUCAAUUCACAUUUGUUAUUGAAUAUUUAGUCAUCUGAUCGAAAAAGAGCUUUCUUGCACUCUUAAUUUCACAUGCAGGUAAGCUUACACAUGUGUAAAAAGCAGUAACAACCAGUAAGAGAACAUAUUAUUUAGUCAGCUGAUAGAAAAAGAGUUUUCUUCCACUCCUACAUUCACUCUUAAUUUCACACGCAGGUAUGCUUACACAUACAUAUGUAUGUAUGUGUAUAUAAAGCAAUAAAAACCAGUAAGACAACUUAUAUUUUACAUUCUGACGGUAUAUGAUUUAGUCCUUUAAUCGUCCUAGUUGGUGAACUUCAAUAAACAUUUUCCAGUUCAAUUUAUCACAACAUAUCGCCUUCUUCUGGCGACUCUGGAAACUCCAAACUACUACAACACAUUCUUUAUAUGGCGUUUCCAAGUGUUUUCAGGUCUACUAGGGUUCUAAGAAUAUGUCUGAGGCAUACGUUUGGCAGCCAUUUAAAAACACGGCUUUUACAUUUAACGUUUGCCCCAGACCCCAGAAAUUGUGCUCUUUUGCGUUUAAAACUCUUAACCUCUAAAUAAAAUUGACCAGUAUUGAACCAAUGAUCCAAUUCUUUCUUAAACUUAUUAGGAAGCUUAUUUUCUUAAAAAAUCUUCUCGACAUAAUUUACAAUGUACCUUUAAAGUUUAAAAUAGCGAUACGCUCUCUUGCGUUUAAAAAUAAAGUAAAAAAUCUAAAUUUUUUUUCAAAAUCUCAACCUCUGAAUUAAAUUUGCCAGUAAAAGUCUAUGUUUGGUUUCACCCAGCUUGACCCAAUGAUCCAAUUCUUUCAUAAACUUAUUAGGAAACUUAUUUUUUUAAAACAAAUCUCAAAUGAAUUUCCAAUGUGGAUUAAUAACUUUAACUGCAAUGACUUUUGCAUAUGUAAAAGCUCCCUGCAUAAAUGUAUUUACAGUUUAAAACAGAGUUACACAGAGAAGUACUCUCAUGAAAGCUUUCUUGCUCUCUUGCGUUUAAAGAUCAAGUCAACAGUAAUAGUCUAUGCUUGGUUUGACCCAAUGAUCCAAUUCUUUCUCAAACCUAUUAGGAAACUUCUUUUCUUAAAAUUUUUUUCUGAAAUCAAUUUCCAAUGUGGAAAUUGAUUUCAUUAGUAUAUGUAAAAGCUUUCUGUAUGAUAAAGAUAAUGUAUUUACAGUUAAUAUCAGAGAUACGCAGAGAAGUGCUCUCAUAAGAGCUUUCUUGCUCUCUUAAGUUUAAAAAUAAAGUCAACAAUCUCCAUUUCUCUAAAAAUCUUAACCUCUGAAUCAAAUUUGCCAGUAAAACUCUUUGUUUAGCUUAAACUUGAUCCAAGCCUUACUGUAUCAACCGAUAGUUCUUGCUAUAGGAAAGAACUUUUUAUUAAAAUUUGAAUUCAAAUUUUUAAUUAGAAUAGAAACAACUUUCAGAAAUGCUGAUUUUGUCGUGGGUUUUAAAUAUGUUUUAUAAAAAUUAUAUUCAAAACAGGACUUACCAUUUUCUCUUAUAUAAAUGUAAACAUCUGAAAAUAGAAAGAAACAAAAAUAUAAUUAUUAUAUUAAAUUCGAAAUCUUCAUUAUACAAAAAGCUUUUUAUAUAUAUAUUAAAUUCAAUUAGCUUUAAAGCUUUCAAACUUUUUGCACUUUUAAAAUCUCUAAGAAGCUCUAAAUAAUGCGUAUAAAAGCCCUCAAACUUAAAUUAUUAAAAAAGGUUUUGCAAGCUUCUAUACACUUUGCAAAAGAAAAAAGUUCUUGGUUUCCAAUAAAAGUUCUCUUAUAUUUUUAUUAAAAGUUAGCAUAAGCUUUAAAAAAUUAUACAAAAAGCUUAAAUAUAUUAAAUUUAAUUAGCUUUAAGAUUUCAAACUUUUUGCAUCUCUAAAAAGCUUUAAAUAAUGCGUAUAAAAGCACUCAAACUAAAAUUAGUCAACAAGGUCUGGCAAGCUUUUUACACUUUACAAAUUUUUCCAUAAAAGCUCUGUUAGGCUGAAAGAAAUGAAUUUAUUAAAACAUAUCUGUAUUAAAAAGCUUUUCAACUUAUGAAACAAGUUCAAUUCUUGUAUUUCAUUAGCUUUUAAGCUUCCAAGCCUACUAUAGCAUAAAAUUCUUAAAUACUUGAAAACUUAAAAGACAUAUAAAGAGCUUUCAGUAAAAAAAACCUGAAAGAAAAUUAUAGAGACCAAAAUACAACAGAAAGCCAAGAUCAUCUUCCCUUUUUUUUGCAUUCUUGACUCCAAAUAAAAAAAAUUCUGAUAUAAUUUACGUUUUUUGUAAAACAACUAUUUUCAAAUUUCGUCUUUUUAAAUGCGUUAAAUUCUUGUUUUGGUUAAACAAAUGGAAAAAACACUCAAACUUAUAACAAAAAAAAAUAUAAAUAAAAUUCUCGUUUCGAUAAAAAAGCAGAAAAAAACAUAUUAUUUUUUUUUUCAAAAAUAGCACUUUGCAAAAGAAAAAAUAAUAAAAACUAAAUUUAAAAAUU